GUCAAUGACAGUAUAUUUUUGUAAAAUAUUUACAGGUACUACUAAAAUUGAUAGACAAGUUAUUAAAAAGUGAAAAAACAGGAAAUAGAACGUUAAUGUUGAACAAAAAUCUUGUUGCAUCGAUAAGAAAAAUGAUUCCUUGAGCAAGGUCUAAAAAAAGUGAAUGCCAAGAAACCACAAAAAAACGACACUCCAAAAUGCAAAUGGAAACAUUUUCAAAAUUACACAUUCUACGAAAUAAAGCUAUGAGAAUCAUUUUAAAUGAAAACAAAUAUGCUUGGAUUAAGUCUAUGUUAAAAGAACUACAGUGGCUGAAUGACACGGAUCCCUAUCCACAGCCAAAACAUGGCAAUUGACGUUUCACCGACAGUGACGUUUAAAAGUUGGGUUAGAAUAGGAUGUAACAGGAAAACUUAAAAUUUCUGCAUUUCGUGCAAUUAAAAUAAUGUCUACAGGUGCAGAUAAAUUUAUAUAAAGUAAAUCGUAAUCUUGAAGAACGACCACAAUCUAUACAUGUAAAAUUUAAGGGGUGACAAUGUUCCCAGCAAUAAGAAUCGUAAAUCCAUCUCUGCCGCGUUACCAUCAAUUGGCAAAACUUUCACCUCUGCUUUACCAGAAAUUGAUCAGAAGAUACAAAAGCACCAAAACUGGAGAACUAUCCACAAGCACUCGCUCGGAAGUCACAACAGAUGUGAAGCCGAUUGGUGAAAAGGUCAAAGAGGCAACCAAAACUGUAUCGUACCUUGGAGUCAUCCUCGUAGGAGUUGGAGUCACUGGAACAUUAUUCUACGCCGUUUUCAAUGAACUAUUUUCUAGCAAGAGUCCUAAUAACAUUUAUUCGAAGGCAGCUAAAAGGUGCAUCGAGGAUUCUAGAGUAGAAGAUAAAUUAGGCUAUCCUAUCACGACAUAUGGUGAACAAACUAGGAGAGGUAGAAGACAGCAUGUUUCUCAUGUCACGUACGUUGGAAAGGAUGGAAGGAAACAUCUCAGGAUGAAAUUCCACCUGAAAGGAGCUUUUCAUACAGGAACUGCACAUUUGGAUAUGUUUGAAAAUGAUUCUGGAGAUUAUGAAUACCGCUACCUCUUUGUUCAAGUGGACGACAUGCUGAAAAACACCAUAAUCCUGGAGGAUAACAGAACCCAAUUGCCCAACUCAUUUCUUCCAUCUUCACCAUCCUAUGAGGAUUUGAAGUUUUGAGCUCAAAUAAAAUUCACGUUUCUCAAAAAUACCUUUAUUUAACUGAAAAUCAAGUAAUGAUUUGGCGUUAAAGUUUUUUUUUCAGUGGUGUCUCCUCAUAGUAGAGCACCAAUCUUUUUUUGAAAAUAUAUCCUUUAAAUUUUGUUAUUACCCAACUCACAAUGAUGUACACCGAAAAAUACUGCAACCAUGCACAUUUGAGCAUAUGCCAGAAGCCAGGUUCAUAGUAGAUAUUUACUUCUGGAAAUCGGACUGAUAGGUUUAAGUUGAAUUUAUCUUUGUUUUCCAUCUUCAUGGUUGUAUAUACGUUUUUUAGAUGUGUAGAUACUGAAAAAUAAAUAUUUUAUUAAUUUGUACAAU